CUGGACUUCAGACAUCCUUGUGUGUUCACCCCAGUCCAAGGACUAAUGCUUCUCGGUCGCAACUUUCGACGCACUGAGGUUCACCAUAACAACAACAACACUACUUCUUCCAGUAAAACUUCAAGUGAAGAAAACGAAACCAUUGCCGGCUCCGAGGCCUCACCGGUGCGCUCCCGUCAAGCCGCCCAUCGCCACCUCCGCAGUAGUCCCUACUCAGUAGACUACGUCCAGACUGCUAACGUCUCUGAGGGUCGCCAUGGUCGGGAAAUGGGCGGCCAGAUCAAACUACUGACCAACGUCGUUGGAUCAGUGGUGCGUGCGCCAGCGCAGCCACUCGCCGUCUCUAAGGGGGGAAUGUUGACCCAACGCUUCCCAGAGAUAGUCUCAAUGACUUCUCCUAUUUCAGCCUACUUGGUCUUUUCGCUUUCCUGCGGCGAUGUCGAAAUAAGUACACUGCACAAAUUCGCCGACUUAUCGUCGUUGGACACUCUCCUUGGCGACGCCGACACCAACGAUUCUGACCUAAUGCGACUGCUAGAGACUGACCUGGCAUUCGUCCUUCAACCAGCGGGUUCAGCUUUGAGACACUUGCCUGUGAAGGGCCCUAAGGAUGCUGAUCCAGUCGCUAAGGCGUUUGGUAAGGAAGCUUGCUCGAUGCGAAAGUACACUCAUCCCGUUAGCGGAGCGAAGGUCGUUGAUUUAUGUAUUGAUAUAUUCAGCAUGCGUAUCGUUAAGUACCUAUUCUCAAAGUUGGCGUUUUCUAAGGGACGCCAGACUGAUAUUUUCGUCACCGAUUUCACUAAGCGAACGUGCCUAUGUGCCUUUCGUCUCGAGGCCACUGACUCUCUACUUACGGUCGCAUCGAGUUAGCAUAAUUCGCUGUUUUCGUUGAUAUGUAGCAUUGAGUUGCAUAUAUUGAUGAUUAUUGCCCAUACCACUCCUUUCGCACAUCUCAACCCAAGUGCUGUAUUAUCCGACGUCUGAUCUCGCAAUUAGUGUAUCGUUCAUCUCAGCGUCCAUACAUGUACUGAAUA